UUUUCGGCAACUGCAUUAUUACACUUACUGAAAGCAUAGCGAGUUGGAGAGCAAGGGAAGAGCACCCGCCUGCGCAGGAACUGCAACUGUGCGCGCUUUCAGCUAGAUGACAGCUUCUUAUUUGCUUUGUUCAAACCUGCUUUGUUAAAUAAAAAACGUAGAGUGGGGAAGAUGAAGCGCCCUCUUGGAUAAAUCGGAGGAUGCUGCAUGCUCUCACCAGGAGCAGGUGUAUUCAGCCAAGUGGAGGCGCAGAUCACAGAGCAGGAGCAACGCACAACAGCCACCGGACCACAACAUCUGCUCCAAAGGAAAACCCCUCAUGCAUAGCUGGGCUGCUGGUUAAUGCGCUUCUUCCCCUCAAUACCACUGGAAUUUUUUUUUCUUGCAACUUCUAUCUAGUAACCAGGAGAAUGUGGGCACCGUGAAACUGAUGGACGCAUAUCUCAUUCGGAGCAUACUGGCAAAAUAAUACUAAUCGAGGACUGCUCUGUGGGCUUCUCAUAAGGCUGCUUCACUGAAAUCAAUCUUGUUCUUAUCAAGGACAGAAUCAUCUGCAAGGAUGCCCGGAGCACUUUUCUCAGCGCAGUCGCUCUACAUAGGAAUGGAGGUGGUGAUUGCAGUUGCGUCUGUAAUCGGGAAUGUGAUGGUGGUUUGGGCGGUGAAAAUUAAUAAAUCGUUGCGUGAUACCACGUUUUGUUUCAUCGUCUCCCUGGCUCUGGCGGAUAUUGCAGUAGGAGCCCUCGUCAUCCCUUUGGCCAUUACUAUCAGCAUCGGACUCCAAACUCACUUUUACAGCUGCCUGCUCGUGGCGUGCACAGUGCUGGUGCUGACUCAAAGUUCAAUCCUUGCACUUCUGGCUAUUGCAAUUGACCGCUAUCUCAGGGUCAAGAUCCCGACCAGGUACAAGCGGGUGGUGACCCCUCGGCGAGCGGCGCUGGCAGUAGUGAUAUGCUGGACGGUGGCUUUCAUUGUGGGGCUCACCCCCAUGUUAGGCUGGAACAACCUGAAGCACCUCCAGCAGAAUGGCUCCAUCAGCUCUGACCUCAUCAUCACAUGCCAGUUCGAAAACGUCAUCAGCAUGGACUACAUGGUCUAUUUCAACUUCUUUGGCUGGGUGCUGCCACCGCUGCUGGUCAUGCUGGUCAUCUACGCAGAGAUCUUCUACGUGAUCCAUAAGCAACUCAACAAUAAGAAGUUCACCACCAGUCACGCCGACCCCAACAAGUACUAUGACAAGGAGCUGAAGCUUGCUAAAUCACUGGCUCUGGUUCUUUUUCUCUUUGCCGUCAGCUGGCUCCCCCUUCACAUCAUCAAUUGCAUCACACUCUUCUGCCCUGACUGCGAGAAGCCCAUGGUCCUCAUCUACAUCGCCAUUCUGCUCACCCACGGCAACUCUGCUGUCAACCCAAUUAUCUACGCUUUCCGUAUUAAGAAGUUCCGCACGGCGUUCAGGAAAAUCUGGCAGCAAUACUUCUGCUGCAAGGACACACCGGCUCUGGAGAUUCAGCCCAGUGACAGAAAAGAGAUGCCCAAUCCAGAGCCGACUCCACAGCCCCCUCAGAAAGGAAUCCUAAAAUCUGAUCUACCCCAACAGCAGCCGCCUCCAACUGAGCUGCAGCAGGACCAGAGGACCGAACCUCCCCAACAACCUAAAGAACAUCCGCCCUUACUAGAGCAGAACACAGUCUAAGUUGAAGAACCGAGCUGAUUGCAGGCUGGAAAAGUAAUAAUCGGAGCACAAGCAUUGGUUCUCUCCUCAUAUGAAUGUAGUCUAAUGAGGAGCAUGAAGCAUGAAGUGCUACGAUGCUGCAGUGGCUGAGACGACCUGGAUCAUAAAUCCAAAAUACUAGAAGAUCAUUUAUCUUUACUCAGGAUGAGUGGAUUGACUGGAGCCUUGGUCAGAGCACAAAAAAAGGGUAUCUAUUAACUUGCAAUAAUGGAAGUCUUUUUGACAUUGACUGUCUAUCUUAGUAACAGACUGAAGACAUUAAGCUUUAACUCUUGUACAUUAUGGUCAAACAGUUGAUGUUAACAUUACAAAAUGUGCAAUUUAAGUUAUUGUGGUUGGUCAGUAUCAGAUUAUCAAAUGUUGUAACCUGCUUUAGAAUGAACGUUUAUACAUCAAUCAUCAAUAGAGCAGGUUUAUCUUACUGUAAUACUGUGUGUAUGUUUAAACUGACAUUGGCUGAAGAACAUGAAUGUAAUAAUUAUGUAAAUAUGAGACUACAACAGCACAGCUUUGAACGCUCAUCUCGUCUUCAGGGUCUUAAUCGCACAACGGUGGUAGAGCAAGUGGCACUAUGAGAGAGAUGUUUGCAGUAAGGAGGUGUGUGUGUGUGUGUGUGUGUGUGUGUGUGUGUGUGUGUGUGUGUGUGUGUGUGUGUGUGUGUGUGUGUGUGUGUGUGUGUGUGUGUGUGUGUGUGUGUGUGCUGAUAGAAGGGUUUCGUAAUCCCUUAACUCUUCUCCACUGGAGCUGAGUCCCCUCUGUGGAUCCAGCAGCACUGAUCCAUUAAUGGACAGGGAUAGGAAACACGCAGCUGGAGGGAAUGGGAGGUUUUAACCUUUUAAGAAAGUGCAUUCAGGAGACUCGCAGCUGCAGGACGACAACUACUCAUGAGGGAGAAAGUCAUGAUGCGCUGAAAGCUCAUGUUUAUACAGCCUCCAUGCCAGGUGGUGGUGGGAGCCGGGUUUUCCUUUUUUUUUUUUCGGUACAUGGACUGAUGAUUAUCCCAACUGGUCACUAGGAACAGUGGCUUCCAUUGCCUUACUCAGUAUUUUCAUUAGUAUGGACUGGACUGGAAAAGACAACCUGAAGAUUGUGAGUAUCUUAACUACUGUAAACUUAACAUUUUGCAUAAUGCCAAACUGGGGCAUCUGUAGAUUAGUAAUUGAACAAUGUUCAAUGCCAUGACAUAAAAACAUUGUAUGAGAAUGUAAAGUGAUUCUGUUUGGUCUCUUGUAAAGACUCAGAUCUCUGGCCAUGUCAGUACACUGAUGUUCUCUUAAGUGGGUGACAAUCUUUUAUGUAAGGUUAAGACAUUUCCGUGUUGCAGUUUUGACAAGCAUCUCUCGGGAACAAGCGGGCAGAGAACAUUGUGAUGCUCGGAUGGCGGAAAAGACAGAAACCUUAAUGCAAUCCACACCAUCUGUUUCUUGAUGUAUCAGCAAAGUGUAUAGGCCACGUGGACUGUACAUAACACACACUUAAAGGGACAAAAAGGAUGAACAAGUGUGUAAUAUAAUGUGCUAAUGUGCAUUUACAGGUACUGCUAUCUACAACCUAUGUUUACAGUUUUGAUUCCAAUAGAAUAGUGAAAUAUAUGUGUGAUAUUAUUAUUUUAUUUGAUUUAUUUGGUGAAAAUGUGACUACUUAGCACUCAGUCCAACUCUGUCUCCAAAAGAUUAGGAUUAUAUACAACUGAUUUGCAACAGUAAAUACAUUAAAAGCGUAAUGCUGUUCUGGA